AUGGUUGAUAACCAGGACUUUGCGUUCAAGUGUUGGCCAGACCAAGUGUUGACCGAAGACAUGCACCCCUCAGAAGCUUUUUUCUCAGCGCAGCAACAUCACCAUCACCAACACCUCUUCGACACAAGCCUGCAUCAUCAUGCCUCUCGAAUACAUGUACCACAUAAUCAGCAACAGGAAGACAGGCUGGGCAUGUCAGCCCCCACCUUUUCCUCAGAAGGCGCCAACAGCGUCUUCUUCCAGAUGCCGGCGCAGCACAUGGCCAAUGUGAUGGCGCCAUCAUCCUCGGCAGCAUCAACACCAACACCGCAUCACUACCGCCAGGAUUCUCCGACCAGCACACAUAGCGGAGGCUCCCAUUCAAAGCAGCGCAGCACAACUCGAUCAACGGACGGAGACGAAAUUGAAGCCUGCAGCGAUGAGGCGCAGGCUGCCAUUAAGCGUCAGCGCAAUACGAUGGCAGCACGGAAAUAUCGCCAGAAACGCCUAGACCGGAUAGCCGACCUGGAGCGGGCAUUGAGCGACAUGACUGGAGAACGCGACGAACUCAAGCUUAAGCUAGCAAGGCGUGAGGCCGAAGUUGAAGCUCUAAGAGAGGUGCUGGGAAAAAAAUUCUUACGUCACAUGGUGUUCAGGGGAGAGACGACCUAG